CCCGUACUCUUUGGUCCCACUUUGCCUUAGGGUGUACAAAACGGAGUGGGAUGGAUGGGCUCUGAAAUAGUCUGAUACGGUGUCCCUCCCUCCCCAAUGCGAAAAUUUUCGGACGAAAAGAUUGUUUAUUAAGUGAAUUUUGAGGAGAAAAGUGGCGAGGCAAAUGGGAAUUUUGGCGGGUAUAGGGGUGUUGCUUCCGUUCCCAUUCUACUAUUGGCUGUGGACAUAUCCUCAGACAUGGGUGGAUCUUUGUGGGAUUAAGCGAGACCCUUCGAACGUGAUGGCUCACGUGGCUCACGCCUUGAAGCUGCUUCAGUUUCUCUCUCUCUUCUCUGUCGCCUCCCUCUCUUGGCCUCCCCCUCUUUUCUUUUGGCCUCUCUUUGGAUUUGGCCAGUUCCUGAACUUCAGCAAAUUCGAUAUUGGUUGGUGCUUGGAAUGGUAUAUUUAUGUUCACGCAGAAGACAGAGGCAGCUCCCCUACAACAAUGCCGGAAAAUCACUUAUGCUUAGAAAGUAGCAACCCAAAUUUCAACUCCCCAGCAACAAUGCCAAAAAAUUUCUUAGUAUUCGAAAUGGUAUGUGUGUGUUGUUCCCAAGCAUCAGAUAAUGCAACCCAUGGUAUCAGAUAUUGCUCCAAGACAACUUUGAUGCAAAUUUCCUUGAUCUUACAAACUGUAUGCUCUGUUCAUGAGAUGAUAAUUAAGCUCUCCAAAAAUUGAAGAUGACAUUUGAAACAGAUUUUAUCAAGGAGAAUACCAUUUAUGAGUAAUAAUUAUUUUCUUUUUCAAUAAUUAUAAGUAAUAUAAUCAUUUUUUUUUUAACAAUAAAAUCCCAUACUCCUUUGUUCAUUCAUUAUGUAUUCUUUAAUAAUUUCAUUUUAAGCAUAUUUAUGCAUUUUUAGCCUAAUAUACAUUGUAGGUCCAUAUCCUAAUAAUUUAAGCUUUUAGGAAAGUUGGAAGCCCAACAUGACACUAGCUUUAUAGUUAACCAGGGGUCUCAAAUUCGAAUCUCUCCCAUUGUUUAUUCUCCAUUUGUUUGUGUGUAGGUUGUAACCCCAAAUUUGUCUCUCCACCUGCGGGUAUGAGGUUGCAUCAUCAUCCGCAAGUUCAAAGACAGAAUCAUUUGUAACUAAUGUAUCUCCACAUGAGGGUAUGGGACAACACUUAGGGCUAGGUGUUAGCCUAAUAUACUGCUUGCAAAUUUGGGUUGGUAAUUUGUCUCUCCAUGUGUGGAUAUGGGACACAUGAGGAAGGGUGUCAGCUUGGUAUACUGCUUGUAGAUUUGUGUCAUCAUCUUCAAGUGUAAAGACCGGACUGAUUUGUAGCUAAUUUGUCUCUCCACAUGCAAAGGAAGGGUGUUAACAUACAAUGCUUAUAGACUUGUGUCAUCUCCAAGCACAGACAGAAUUAAAAUAUUGGUAUGCUGAUAUUGUUCCCACAGUAAAACAAGUAUUUGGAGAAUUUCAAAUAACAAGGACCUAGCAAAUUGAGUUAAUAGGAAAGGAAGAUUAUUGAGAGUGUUGCAGUGAGCUUCUUAAGCUCAAAUAGGCACAAAGAAGCCUAAUUUGUACCUGAAAGAAGUGGAAUCCUUAUAUUUUGUAGUCUGUAUUGUAUGCUUGACAACUAAAGUUGAUUAAUAAUGCCCCUUUUUGCUGAGGCUUCAUUUAUUUCGAGUGUAAGUGCAGUCAAGAAAGAGAUUUUACAGCUGUUCAAUAAAAUGUAUAUCUCUAUGGUGUGAAUGGCGUUUAGUGGAGUGAGGAUACACAAUAAGUCUGAGUAAAUCCUGAAAUAGGAUCCACAUGAAAGAAAAUACCCAUUUCUUAUUUGGUAGAAAUCACUGACCUAUUUUCAAGUGCA